AAAGAGAAAGCUCACAGAUAUGGGGGUUUAAUUCUGAAGUGGUCUUCCUGAUUCUCCUGGGAUGAUAAGGUGAGGGAGAGAGUGUUGGAGAAGAUAGCGUGUUGGGAGAGGGCAGGUGCGGUUACCUGUAGUUUCCUGUGUGAAGCAUCAUAAAGGGGAGGAGGGAGGAGGGAGGAGGAGCUGGGGGGGGUCUUCCGGGAAAGGCAGGUUCAAUCCUCCCUCCCUCCCUCUCUGCUCUGCCCUCCUGUCAUUGGGAAGGACAGAGCUGGUGUAGUCAGCGUGUUGCUGGCUGAUUCUCCCUCUCUCUCUGCCUCUCUCUCUCUCACACUCCCUCCCUCUCUCUCUGCCUCUCUCUCUCACACUCUCUGCCUCCCUCCCUCCCUCUCUCUCUGCCUCUCUCUCUCUCACACUCCCUCCCUCUCUCUCUCUCUGUGUUUUAGCGCCUGGAUCUCCCCCCCAUCCCCACUGGGAAAUCUCUUGCUUUUUUUUUAAAAUUAAAAAAAAAACAAAUGAUUAAACAGAUGUCUUUGCAACUGGAACUAAGGAGGACACACCAGCCUUUAUUUUAAUCUGCAAAGGGGGGGUUUUGGCUUUGCCCCCCCCCCUCCUCCUCCCACUGCACUGGAAUAAUUUGAACCUAUUGGAAAUCCCGCUAACCUCGGAAGGAAUUUAUUGAUUUCGGUAAAAGGGUGGGAUUUUUAAACAUAAUUAUAUAUAUAUAUAUAUUUUAAAGUAUUAAGACCAAUGGCUGUGGAGAGGGACGAGCAGCAACAAGCCGCCGAGUGUGAAGCGCCGGAGCCCGGCUGCAGGGAUCUGGACGGGACGGUGUUGCCCCUCCUGGGGGGUCUGGGCAGCUACCAGAAGAAGAUCAUUCUCCUGACCUGGGUCCCCGCUGUCCUGAUCGGCCUGAGCCGCAGCUCUGACUGUUUCUUCACCGCCGAGCCCCAGCUGCUGUGCCGGGGGAUCAACAGCUCCCGCCUGGCGCCCGCUGACCACGUCGCUCACGCCCAGGUGGCCGCCAACCGGAGCGCCGCACGGCCGGGCGGCGCGGCCCCGCCGGGGGCCAGAGACCGCGGCGCUCCGGACAUCAACACCACCCACCGGGAGUGUCAGUGCCGGGAGCGGGACUACAGGAUCCACGCCGCCCUCACCCACAACAUAGUCACCAAGUGGAACCUGGUUUGCAAGUCUGCAUGGAAAGUUCAUAUUGCCAAGUUUUCAUUACUGGUUGGAUUGAUUAUUGGUUAUUUGGUAACAGGAAGCUUAGCAGAUUGGAUUGGCCGACAGCUGGUGCUGGUGCUCUCGGUCAUAUUCAUAUUGGUCUUUGGAUUGACAGUGGCGCUUUCAGUGAAUGUGACAAUGUUCAGCACAUUAAGGUUUUUUGAGGGAUUCUGCCUGGCAGGAAUAUUUCUCACACUCUAUGUAACACGUAUUGAGAUUUCUCUGCCUCGACACAGAUUCAUGGUAACCAUGGUAGCGAACUUCAUUGCAAUGGGAGGUCAGCUGCUUAUGCCAGGCCUUGCUGCCCUUUGUCGGGAUUGGCAGGUUUUGCAAGCUAUCAUCAUUUGUCCAUUUAUUUUCAUGAUCCCUUACUGGUGUGUUUUCCCAGAAUCACUCAGAUGGUUGCUGGCUACACACCAGCUCCAAGCUGCCAAAGAGUUAUUUCUGCAUUUCCUACACAAUAAUAGAAUAGACAUGGAUGAUAACGUCAAAGAAUUUGUUUCAGAACUUGAUAAAGAGCCAAAAACAAGGCCCAAAAAAACUUUUAUCAUCAAACUGCUUUAUACAAGGAUCUUAUGGAAGCACGUCUUAGUGCUUUGUGUGAAUUCACUUACAGGAUUUGGGAUCCAUAACUGUUUUGCAAAGAGUCUGAUGGACUACAAAGUGAACAGUCUAAGCAAUUUCUACAUCCGCUACUAUCUCAUGGAAGUGAUUGGCAUUCUCUCCUGUGCAAUCAUGUGCGUUCUUGUAGGACUAAUGGGACGAAGGGGCACGCUGCUGCUCUUCACCAUCCUUACUGCACUGGCUUCUCUCCUUCAGUUGGGCCUCAUAAGCUAUAUGGCCAAUCAUUUGCAGGCCCCGUUUUCUAUAGUGUUCUCCAUUGUGGGCAUGUUUGCAUCCCAUUCGGUAGGAAAUCUCAGCAUCUUCUUCUGUGCUGAACUCAUACCCACUGUUAUCAGGGGUGGAGGAUUGGGCCUGGUUUUGGCUAGCGCUGGAUUUGGUCAGUUAACAGCACCAAUCAUGGAGCUUCACAACCAGAAAGGUUACUUCUUGCAUCAUGUGAUCUUUGCUUGCUGCACUGUGAUCUGCAUCAUUUGUAUUCUGCUCCUGCCUGAAAGCAAAGGACAAAACCUGCCUGAAAGUAUAGACGAUGGGGAUAACUACACCAGGCAGCCAUUCAUCCCUCCCAAAAAGGUUGAGCAGCCACUACUCUCAAACAAUACUGAACUCAAGGAUUACUCUGGCCUUACUGAAAACCCAAUCUCUGAGCUGACAGCUGAGAGCACCACAGCCAAUGGCACUAGGUCUAAAUGAUUUUAUUUAAUGUUUACAGUUAAGUGUUUUGCACAAGUACAUCCAACAGUGGGUUUUCUUUUGUGAAGGGAUAAUUAAUUAAGUGGCUGCUUUUGCAGAGAUGCUUUAGUUAUGGACAGGGCACCUUUUAAAGACUAUAACAGAGUUUGCUCUCCCUGACACCAAUGGAAUAGCAGUUUAACGAUUGUCAAAUAACACGAAGAGAGAUUAGGAACUUCUCGAGCACUUUCGGAUGCCUGGAACACACUGGGUCAGCACAGAGCGGAAGAUGAUGCACUACACCUGAAGGAGAAUAAAACAUCAGGAAGGACUGUGCUGAGCAAGCUGCUGUGCCACUGAAGAAGGUCAAAGGUUUGUGUCCAAAGUACUGAGUGGGACAUCAGGAUGAACUACAGCUUGACCUGGCUGCAUGGGGUUCCCCCCCUUGCAUCCUUUCCUUUUCCCCACUGCUGCACCCUCCCCCGCCCCACACACCCCUCGCUAUUGGCCGAGUCAAUAAUCUAUUGUGCUGUGAUUUUAAACGUAGGGCUCAAAAUUACUUCCUAUUUGACAAACUAAUCUAAGGCAAUUUUUUUCUGCGUUGUGUAAACCCCCUAUUAACAGCUUUUGCCAGCUGUUAAUCUGAUUAAGGAACUGAUGGACUGUGCUAAUAUUUGUGGUUUUAAUGCCAGUAUUUCCCCUCUCCUUUCUCCCAUUUUUAUCAGGUCUUUAAUUGUAAAUUACAGUGGUGUUUUGUUUUGUAACUUCUAGGCUGUGGUAUACUAUUAAUCACAUUUUACAAAAAUAUGUACAGUUAUAAUUUAUACGUAAGUGUUAAAAGCAUGAAUUGAGUUUUUAGAUGGUUUCUCCCCCUGUUUUUCUCCCCCCCACCCCUCCCCUACACUAUUUGUAUUUUGUUUGCUAGUGGCUUAAAGUGUCACUAGUUACACCGUCACUACCAAUAUAAUUUUUCACUAACCGUAAAUCACCAGGAUGACCCAGGUAUUUUUCACCUGUUUCUGUUCACUCAGAUCAAGGUUAAACACCAAGGCACCCAAGUUGCCCUGACACUGUGACAUUGGCUACCGCUGCAUUUUUAAAUCAACCAACGUCAUGUCUGAACCCUAGACACAUAUCCUUAAAGAGCCGCAUAUUACAUCUACCUAGUGAAUAUUUUAAAAUGGAAAUAAAGUAAUUUUCAUUGUUCACUUUA